CGUGCACCCUGAAGAUGGCGGCCGUGGCGGGAAGGUUGCUCCGGACUUCACUUGUCCGACAUGUGAGUGCCAUUCCUUGGGGCAUUUCUGCCUCUGCAGCCCUUAGGCCUGCUGCUUCUCAAAGAACGUGCUUGACAAAUGCAUUGUGGUCUGGUUCUGCUCAAGCAAAAUUCGCCUUUAGCACCAGUUCCUCAUGCCAUGCCCCUGCUGUCACCCAGCAUACACCCUAUUUUAAGGGUACAGCUGUUGUCAACGGAGAGUUCAAAGAAAUAAGCCUUGAUGACUUUACAGGGAAAUAUUUGGUGCUCUUCUUCUAUCCUUUGGAUUUCACCUUUGUGUGUGCUACAGAAAUUAUUGCUUUCAGUGACAAAGCCAAUGAAUUUCACGAUGUGAACUGUGAAGUCGUUGCAGUGUCAGUGGAUUCCCACUUCAUCCACCUGGCCUGGAUAAACACACCAAGGAAGAAUGGUGGUUUGGGCCACAUGCACAUCACACUCUUGUCAGAUUUGACUAAACAGAUUUCCCGAGACUACGAUGUGCUGUUAGAAGGUCCUGGCCUUGCACUACGAGGUCUCUUCAUAAUUGACCCCAACGGAGUCAUCAAGCAUUUGAGCGUCAAUGAUCUCCCAGCGGGCCGAAGCGUGGAAGAGACCCUCCGCUUGGUGAAGGCAUUCCAGUUUGUAGAAACCCAUGGAGAAGUCUGCCCAGCCAACUGGACACCAGAUUCUCCUACAAUCAAGCCCCAUCUGACUGCUUCCAAAGAAUACUUUGAGAAGGUAAAUCAGUAGACCAUCCCAUGUGCACCUGCAGCUUCCCACACCAGAAAAGAACCACAGCUGGAACUCACUUUUAACAUUUCAAAGAUUAUUAUUUAUAGAAGGCAAAAAAACAAUUA